GAGGGGGGGAUGGCCGACAAGCGGCGGUCCUCGCCCGGCACCACCAUGAGCCUCAAGGCUCACGCCUUCUCCGUGGAGGCGCUCAUCGGGGCCGAGAAGCAGCAGCCGCCGCCGCCGCCGCCGCGGCAGCCCAAGCGGCGGAAACUGGGCGCCGAGGAGGAGGCGGCCGAGGACGAAGCGGGCAGCGGCUGCUGCGCCAAGAGCUCCGCCGCCGCCGCCGCCAGGACCUGCGGCGACAUGGAGCCGGGCUGCGCCGCCCGCGGAGCCGCCGGCGGCUGCGAGGACGGCUUCCUCGGGGGGUCCCCACCCGUGUCGCCCGGCGGCUCCGCGAAGGGCUCGCGGGCCGCCUCGCCGCUGCCCGCGCCGCAGGCGCCGCGCGUGGACCUGCAGGGCGCCGAACUCUGGAAGCGCUUCCACGAGAUCGGCACCGAGAUGAUCAUCACCAAGGCGGGAAGGCGGAUGUUUCCCGCAAUGAGAGUGAAGAUCUCAGGUUUAGACCCUCAUCAGCAGUAUUAUAUUGCUAUGGAUAUUGUGCCAGUGGAUAACAAAAGAUACAGGUACGUUUAUCAUAGCUCCAAGUGGAUGGUGGCUGGCAACGCGGACUCGCCGGUACCGCCUCGUGUGUACAUUCACCCCGAUUCCCCUGCCUCUGGGGAGACGUGGAUGAGGCAGGUGAUCAGCUUCGACAAGCUGAAGCUCACCAACAACGAGCUCGACGAUCAAGGACACAUUAUCCUGCACUCUAUGCAUAAGUAUCAGCCCCGUGUCCAUGUCAUCCGUAAGGACUGUGGAGAUGAUCUGUCCCCUGUCAAGCCGAUACCUUCAGGAGAAGGGGUCAAAGCGUUCUCCUUUCCAGAGACAGUUUUCACGACUGUCACAGCAUACCAAAAUCAACAGAUAACUCGUCUGAAGAUAGACCGAAAUCCAUUUGCCAAAGGAUUUAGAGAUUCAGGACGUAACAGAAUGGGACUGGAGGCUUUGGUAGAGUCUUACGCCUUCUGGAGACCUUCACUGAGGACACUUACAUUUGAAGAUAUACCUGGGAUACCCAAACAAGGAAAUGCAGGUUCCUCUACUUUACUCCAGGGAUCUGGCAGUGGAGUGCCAUCUACCCACCCUCACCUUUUACCCGGUUCCCCUUGCUCAUCUCCAGCUUUCCAUCUCAGUCCCAACACUAGCCAGCUCUGUAGCCUUGCUCCAGCUGACUACACAGCUUGUGCCCGCUCAGGCCUGACCCUGAACAGAUACAGCACUUCUUUGGCUGAAACCUACAACAGGCUCACAAACCAAACCAGUGAGACGUUUGCACCCCCGAGGACUCCCUCUUAUGUUGGUGUGUCGAGUAGCACAACUGUGAAUAUGUCCAUGAGUGGCAGUGAUGGGGAUGCAUUCAGCUGCCCACAAACUGGCAUAUCUAUGCAGAUUUCAGGGAUGUCUCCACAGCUCCAGUACAUCAUGCCAUCCCCAUCGAGCAAUGCCUUUACCACUAAUCAAACCCACCAAGGCUCCUACAACACGUUUAGACUGCACAGUCCCUGUGCACUGUAUGGAUAUAACUUUUCCACAUCCCCUAAACUGGCUGCCAGUCCUGAGAAAAUUGUUUCUUCCCAAGGAAGUUUCUUGGGGUCCUCGCCAAGUGGAACCAUGACGGAUCGGCAGAUGUUGCCCCCUGUGGAAGGAGUGCACUUACUUAGCAGUGGGGGGCAGCAGAAUUUCUUUGACUCUAGGACCCUAGGAAGCUUAACACUCUCGUCUUCUCAAGUGUCUGCACAUAUGGUUUGAUGAAGCCUUUAAGUAAAAGUACAGUAUGUUUGGUGUCUACAAUGUAUUUCUUUUGGAAUAUGAAAGGACACUCAAUGUAGCUUGUAAAGUGUGUGUAUAUAUAGUAUGAGAGGAAGUUUCACUGAAUUUUUGACUUGCUUGUGGCCGGAUUAUUCUCCUAUUUUGGAUUACACAGAGUUUGUUGCGGCACAGACUGCUUUAGUUUUCUGGUAUAAUACACUUAGUUGUAUAACACGUCGGGACAUAUGCAACAAAUUAAGUAAGACUUCCUCCCCUUUUCCCCCUCCUCUGUUCUAGCCCCUUUAAAGAAUGAAAUGACACUUAGAGUAUUAAACAACACAAACAAGCCCACUUACAUUUCCUAUAGCACUAGUGAGUUUCUUUAAAACAUUCAUGCAACGCUAAGCUGAUGUGCCAAAGAUAUUUUACAAGUUUCUUCUAUUAUAAGGGAUAUGAAGGAUAUUUGGACUUAAAGUGUUAAGCAUCAAGCAUCCAGCCUAAAACAGAAGCUUAGCUAAUGGAUUAUUUAUACAAAGUGAAUGGAAAGAUUAGUUUGCCUUCUCAUGAUAUGCUGUUUCUAGCUUAUCAGCAGCAUGGCAUUUUUACUAGGAUCUUUUUCAGUGUUAGUCUAGAUUUAUGAUUAGGUGUUUAAAGACAAAUAAUGCAGAUUCAAACUGUGGUGAUGUGAGCGAUUUAAACCAACAGCAGGAGAAGCAGCAUUCCCUGGUACAGAAUGAACUUUGGGGUGCUUCAUUUUAUUAACGGAAGGGCUUGAUGCAUUUAUUUUUUUCACCAUGAAUAUUGCCUAUAAGACAUUUACUGGACAGUAGGAUAUUCUAAUGUAUCUUUGUUUUUGUAUUUUUACUUUUUUAAAGGAAAAUGCAGGUUUGAUUUAAAAAAAAAGAGCAGGAUGAGAAGUUCAUGUGUUUGGGGGUAUUUUUUUAUAAGGGCAAAAUGUCCUCCAUCCUCAGAAUCUCAUAAAUGAAUUGCCUAUACCAGCUAGGCAGUUGGUAAACCCAGUUUGCCCACAAACUGCUGCAGGAAGCAGAACUUUGUGGUAGCUGCCUCCCUGUAACUUGGCCGGCCUGGGACCAGGAUUACAGUAGGCUGAAUUCCUGUAAUAGUUUGCUUCGAAUGCUAUAGCAUGACACCUACAGCCUAUUUCUCUCCCUCCAGGGAGCCAUCUGUCUUUCUUUCUUGUUCCUUUCUGUUGUGAGGUUACUACUGCUCUGUUUCUCAAACAGUCUUUGCUGUGGAAUUUAAGCAGCUCACACUUCCUUCCCAUCUCUGGGAUCUAUAAAAAUGCGGAUCAAAACCUGUUGCUGACCAGGCUUCUCCAGAAUGACAAGGGCUUGGGGAGACGCUUGUGUGCCAGGGAAGCUUCUGCCGGUGUCUGCGCCUGCCCUGCCCCUGGGCACAUCGGCCCUGCUGCGAACGCUGCCCUUCAGCUGCCCGCCUGUCGGAGCGUUAACUGUGGAGGUUAUGGGACAUACUUUAAUGCUUGAGAAAAUCGUUCUUCUUCCACAUGACCCUAAGCCUCCCUUGUAUUAUGCAGGUGGUUUAAAGACAUCUUAACGUGGGUGCAGAUGUAAUUGGAAAUGCUUCCCUGAUCAGCUCUGUGGAAAGGAGAAUAAGGCCUUCAAAGUUUGUGGUUUUCUCUGUCAGAUUUCACUAAAAGUAGAUUGUUGUAUUUCUCGAAAGUGCCAAUAUGUUUUCUGGCAAACAGUGACUUAACUGCUUCCCACUUUAAGAAAUGCUCAUUGCAGCUAAUAUUUCUUCAUUGGGAUAGAGAUAAUGGAAGAGAAACAGACCCUUCUCUAUCUCUUCUUACUAUUUGGAAAGAGAGAAGAAACCACAAUACUACUUAAUUAAGCUCUUGUCCAGCGAAUGCUUUCUUUUCUAUUUGUUAUAUAUAUGUUUAUGUUAAAGAAGAUGCUGGUUUAUGAAGUUCUCAUUCAGAGCUGGAAAGGCUAGAGGAUGAGUCUGUAAUUUAGAAGAUGUGAGUUUGUUUCUCUGCUCUGUCACAAACUACCCAAGUGACAUUGGGCAAUUCACUUAGCCUCUCUGUAACUGAAUUUUUUUCAACUAUAAAGUGGAAUAGCACUUCCAUGCCUCACAGGAUUUGGGGACAAUAUGCUAAAGGUGCAAGUAUGUUUAGACAGGGUUCAUAUAGGAAGGUAACAAAGCAUUUAUGUACUUGGAUCUGUUGCUGAUUUUGGUCAGCUCUCCAAGCAAAGGUUUCCAAUGCUAAAACACUGCUUAAAACCCAAACUAAUAAUUUGUAUAAUGGUUUUAAAAUGUGCAGAAUAUGGGCAAGUUUUCAGCUAUGUAAACUGCCAUAACUGCAUUGAUUUAAUUAACGAGACACGUGUAUAGUAAUUUCUACUCCAGCCAAAACUUUGAAAUAUUGCAGAUGGAUAAAGCUUUAAGUGGUGGGAGUGGUACAAUUAAUCUGUACUUUAAAAAGGGUAAGCAAGAUAAUUCUCCAUGUCAUCUUAAGGGGCUGUGGCUGGGUUGAAAUAUGGAAGAGCGAAAUCAUACAUAUUCCUACGAUGGAAAACAAAAGUUUAUGCAUGGAAGUGCUCCUGGUAGUAGUAGGUAGUUUGUCAUCUGGGAUUUUUCUAGUACUGGUCUCUUAUUUUUCCUCAAAUUAUUCUUAUCAUAUAACCGCACAAUAUUGUUUGAAACAUUUGUUCCUUAAAAUUUGAAUCAUAUUGUAAAUACUUAUUGGUGUGUCAUUGUGAAAAGACUAGCUUUUUAUCAACAUAGUAAAUGCUAUAUAUGCAUUAUAUCUAUAAUUAUAUAUCUGUAUUUUACAAA